AUGCUGAUCAAAUUAUUAAAUUUUGCAUUAAUUUUUGCGAUUACUGCUGACAAUUUUGAAAAUAAUCUGACAAGAAGACGAACAAAAGCUGCAUUGUGGCUACCACGUCCUUUCCGAAUUAUUUGCUGUUUUGGAGGUCAUCCAGUACCACAGAAUCCACAAAUGAUACGAAAUUGGACUCUACAAGAAUCAAAUCAUCUUAUCAGUGAUCACACUAGUGAGGACGAUAUUCUCACUGAUAGCAAAAACGAUACACGCCGACGUGAGAUAGCCUUAUCCAGUUGCCGUGUAUAUCACGGAAAUUAUCUAUUAUCAGCUUCUGCACUUUUUACGCUUGAUGAUUUUAGUGGCAUUAAUGUCAAGUGUAAAUGUCCAAAUGCCUCCAAUAGUCAAAAUUUGGAUAAAAGUUGUCGACCUCUAAAGCCUUGUCUUAAUAAAGGUCAUCGUUCUCGUAAUUCUAAUUUACUAUGUAUUUGUCCUGAGCCAUAUUUUGGAGAUCAUUGUGGAAAAUAUUGUGAUCAAGGUGAACGUAUCAAAGGCGCAGACGGACGAUAUUAUUGUGCUUGCAUACCGUUUUAUGUAGGCGAAGAGUGUCGAGAUAUGGUAUGCUUAAACGGUGGUACUGAGGUACGGCGACGAUGUCGAUGUCCACCAAAUUUUUUUGGUUAUCACUGCGAGAUUGAUGCUAAUCACACUUCAGUUGUAUCAAGAUUUCACGGUUACGAAGAACAGGCAGUUUAUCAAGACAGUGACUUGUUUAGUCGAGAUAUUUCCAGUACUAUUUUUAGUGUAGUGAUGAUAUUAGUUCUCGUUCUUUCUAUGUAUUUAUUAAUGAAACACAGAAUGCAGGUUCAAAAUCGAGUGACAGCUUUUAGACGUGAAGCCGUAUUACGCUCAGCAAUGGAAUUCAAUCCACGUCGUAUAAUUCGGGAAGAUUCCAAUUAUCUUUCAUUCCAAGUUAUUCCAUUCCGUAACGAAGGCCCUCCACCUUACGUAAUUACUUCUCAAAGAGGAAGGACACGUCGACGUGAUAACGACUUACCACCUUUGCCAAAUUACGAAGAUGCAAUUAAAUUACCAGCUUUUAUCAGAACACCAUUAGAAGAAGAAAGUAGUGUAGAAGUAGACGAAUCGAUAACUACCGAUGAGCGAUCACCGAAUGAAUCUGAAAUAAGUUGUAGUACAAGAGAAGAAAAUAUUGCUGAAUUAUGUACACCAGUAUAUUCAUUACCAGUUAAUGAAUCUAUAGUUGAAAGUGUAGCUGAACCAUCAAGCUCAGUACUAAGAAGAGAAUCACCUUCACCUUGUAUAAAUGCUAUUUUCCAGACUGAUAAUGACUUCAAGCUCAGUCGAGAUUUGUCUACAAGAAGAAGCAUUUAG